UACAGUUUACUGUAGUAAAAACUAAAGUAUAUUACAGUAUUUAUUAGUUUAUCUGUUCAGUAUAGUUAUUACUACAGUAAGCUGUAGCAUUCAUUAACAAAGUGUAGUAAAUACUAUAAUGUAUACAGUAUAAUACUUAGUUUGUAAUCAGAAUAUAGUCACUUAAAUAGUCAGGCAUAGCAUUAAUUUAGUUAUUCAAACGUAAGACUGCAUAAAAAAUAAAUAAAUAAAGACGUAUACCUCAUUGUUCCUCCUCGGCUAAAUUCAGUUUUCACACUUCUAUGUUAAAUAUUUAUUGUGCACUUUAGUUAGAUUAAUUGAAUAUAAUGUGUGUUUUUACAAGUGUGCUGAAAUCAUUGAUCUUGCGCUGCACUGACUGACAGCUGCUGUGAUUACAAAGGGAAAGCGCGGUGCUCGCUUUCUGUGUCAUUCAUUCACAAGAAAAGUUAUUGUUUUUCUUAAGAUUUUUUGAGUAUUUCAUACUUCACAUUGACAAAAUGUAUUUUUAAACCUAGUUAUUUUAUCAUGUUUAAUAUUUAGUCAAAAACGAUUAGAGGAAAUGGCUGAUACAUGCGCAAAUAAAUGCUACUUUGCCGCCACCUGCUGGUUAAAGUGGUAAUUAUUGUCUUUUUUAUUUUUAAAUAAGUGUUUUCUAUCAAAUGUUGAAUUUCCUACAUUUUUAAACGUUCGGUUUUACAAUGGGAACAACCUCAGAAGGAUGAACAAAUAAUGUUUGUGGUCAUCACAUUAAAAAUAACAUUCGAAGUGCUGGGGAAAAAAUGUGUGUGCGUGUCUAAAUUCAGACAUGGCAUUUUUUAAAUGGUCCCAACAGCUUCGUCUUUAUUGCAAUCAAUAAAACUGGUUUAUUGGCAAAUUAGGUAAAUGUGAUAACUGCAAUAAAAUAUGAAUACAACAUUAAAAAGUCAACCAUUGAUGGUUUUGUGUCAAACAGCUAACAGUUCACCGGAAAUGCCCGAGCUGGCUUAACGACAUCCAGGAAGUAACCGUGCAUAUAGCCUAUUGAAUGUGGAGGAUUUUAACCAGAGAUCGUAUUAUUAUAGGAAGAUAAGAGGGUCUGUAUCUCUUACCAUUGGAGAAAGCAUAACGGCUAACUUAAUCACAUGCGGCACUUCUCAGCCUGUCGUGUCACCGUUCAAAACUCCUCCCUGCGUACCGCCAAUGUGCACCUGCCAUUCAUAUACUUGCGGUGGAAUCUCUCGUUGCAAAUCCCGCCAAAGGAAUAUCAGUAAAGCUCUGUCCUCAGGUAACAGGUGAGCCUGGUGAAACAUACACUUGAUGUCUCCACUGAUUGUAACACUGUGCUGUCGAAAUCGCAGUAGGACCCCAAGUAGGAGUGGUCCCAGGUUUGGUCCUGGCAGCAGCUGCUCAUUGAGGGACAUACCUUUGUAUACAAAUGAACAAUUGAACACCAGACGUGCCUUUCCAUUAUGGUAGACUAGGUGAUGUGGCAGAUUCAUUAGCUUCUUUAGCUGUGAUCUCUUUUACAUAACCUGCUUGAAUCAGUCUACUCAUCUCACCUCGAUAGCCUUCUCUGGUUGAUCUUUGAGUCUCCUUUCGGUACUGCGGAGAUUGGCCAGCACAGAUUCAUGAGGAGCAUUCAGCUUGGGGGAAUCAUCAGUUCUUAAUAAGGGAGUGGCAUAGCGUUGAAUUCCAUCGAUUAACACCCUACAGGUCUUGCUGUCCAGGAUCUUAAUAGACACUUGGUCCUGUUCAGAACGAGUCAGCAGCUUUUCACUGUGGUAAGGUAGAGAAUCUAGCUGCCACAGUCGCUCAACAUCUCUAUAAAGGGUGUCAUAUGCUGCUGAUGCGGUGAUCCAAUAACUCUGAUGAGUGGAAGUUGCUCAAUUUUGAAGACCUUUGGGGCCUUGAAGAGCCCAGCCUAGUUUUGUGUGGACUGCAACUGGUCCAACCUGAGUGGCUACAUGAACGGUUUUCACCGCAGUGAUCAGAGGGCUAUUAUCUGAGCCAAUCAGCAACAAGUGCUGAACAUUCUUGAAUGACUGCAAUGGAAUAUCUCUCAAGUGGGCAUAUCGACGUUGAAGAGCUUUGACUGGGUAGUUCUGUUCCACUAGAUCUAAUCCAUCUGCAAUGAAGGCAUUCUGGAUUCUGUACCUGACUCCUGGAUUGGUUCUGGAGGACACAUCAAAGGUAACAACUGAGCCAGCUAGGAAUGUGACAUCAGGACGGAUAGUGCGUAAGGCUAGGGUUUCCUCUUUCCCUUCCAGCUGAAGCUGUUGAGCAGCAGCAGGUAAAAGCAUGGUACAUUCAGCAUUGUCAUCUAAUAUUGCAAAGGUCUCAAUUGUUCUGUCCUUUUUAUGUAGAAGCACAGGCACAACUUUCAGUAGUACUCGACCUGAGGGACUGGAAGGUGUGAGGUAGAUCCUACUGUUUAACGUGCUGGUGGGCUUAACCUUGGCUCGCUGUUCAGCGAUUCCAUGGAGGACUUGGAAAUGUAUCUCCCCACAGUAUUCCACAUGGUUUCUUUAGGUUACAGUCCUCUGGACAGUGUGAACGGCUGCAUUUCCAGCAUCGUUCCCCUUCUGCUAUCCAUUGCAUGAGACUUUCUGUAGAUUGCUCCUUUAUUUCAGAGCACUAGAUUAUUUAAUGCUCUUUGCUGUGGCAGAAUAGACAAUGGACUUUGGAUUUCUUCCACUGAGAGGGCUGAGGUACCGGCUUAGGUGCCUUGACAGUUUGAGGCUCUGUUCCAUGGUAGACUGAAGCACCCUGUCCUUUUGAUCAAGUUGAAACCCUUCCCUGAAGUGAGUAGGAGGAUUUCUCUUUCUGAUAACGUUCAACUAGUCUACUGGAUAGAUGCUGUUGUUGAGCUUUACCCUGCAGCCAACCAGAGAAGUCCUGAAGAUUAUAUGGAUUGAGACUGGCGACAUUCAGUUUGCCUUGCAUCUGUAGGAACUCAAUGAAGUUGUCUCUGAGGUACUUGGGAAGUUUGCUGAGGACCCUGUCUACAUGGGAACAACAGCUGAGUUCAGUGCCUCUCAGGCCCUCCAGGGACAGCAACAUACUCACAAGAAGAUGAACCUUUAGGGCAAAUGACUGGAAACUACUAGCAUCACCAACUUUCACAUCUGGAGGCUUUUAUUCACAUAUAAACAUUGAUCAGCGAACAUAAACAGAAGCUCAACCGUACUUGCUUAAUGUGUGAGAACAAACCUCAUUGGUUCUUGCAGAAGCUCAAACUGCUGCGUAGCACACAAGAAUGGUUCUCACACACGUCAAGCAAACAUGCUUGAGCUUCCAUUUACCACAACUGAUGUGUGAGUUGGUGAAUGUUUUUGUGUGAAUAAAAGUCUAAAUUAAAUCUGUUCAAGCGAUCGUGUCUCUUCAGAAAAUUUGGACUAAACCGCUCAAUUCGUAUGGAUUAGAUUUAUGAUCUCUUUAUGAACAUUUUGAAGCAUCAAAGUGAUAGUUGCGUAGCUGUCUAUGGAGGGACGGAAAUCUAAUUCUUCAUAUUUCAUUAAAACAUGUUCAUUUGUGUUUCGAAGAUGAACUAAGGUCUUACAAGUUUGGAACGUCAUAAGGAAAAUAUGACAAUUUUUUGGGGCUAACUAACUCUUUAAGGCAAUAGUUCAUUUAAACUAGAUAAUUUAACCAUAUUUAGAAUAGUUUUGUCUUUUGAGAGAAUGUAGUGAAUGCAGUUGUCCAGCAUCUUCAAAUGUUUAUUUUAUUUUUUUAAAAUGAAUGCUUAACCUUUAAUUCCUGGAUAUGUUAUUUGAGAGAUGGGCAUUUUGUAAAUUAUCAUUUCCUCUGUCUUUCUAAGUUGACAUCAUGUUACAAGCUAGUUCAGUGUGUUUAGUUUUGAUACCCAUAAAUUUUACUAAAAUUGAUUUAUAGAGAUGACAAGUGCGUAUUAAGACAAAAGUGUUAUUGGUCAUAUUAGGUCAUAUAGGGUCUGGCACAAUUGCUCUCUCUUUUUUUCUGAAAGCCAACUAACAGAAAUCUCUUUUUCAGCUUCAUGAGACAAAAUUAUCACCUCUGGACCAGUGAUGAUUUUAUUAAUUCUCUGAUAUGUGUAUAUACUAUAUUCUCUCAAUACUCGUCGUGAAAAUCAUGCUUUGCAUGGCAGCUUGUAAUAAUGCAGAAUACGAAAUUGAUGGAGAGUGUUGCCCAAUGUGUGAUCCAGGAAAUAGAGUUGAGAAGCAUUGUGAUACGAAUACAAGCACUUCAUGUGAUCAGUGCCUUGUGACGACCUACACUGACAUUCCUAAUGGAUUGACCAAAUGUCUGCCAUGUUUAGUCUGUGAUGAAAGUAUUGGGCUGAGAGUAAAGCAAGCAUGUACAUCGAUAUCAAAUACAGUGUGUGAACCUCUGCCAGGUUAUCGCUGUGUUGACUUCCUCUCAAACUGUCCAAAAGCCAAGAAACAUUCAACCUGCUCACCUGGACAAUACGUCAACCAAACUGGAACAGAAUUUAGUGAUACAGUGUGUGAUCACUGUCCUGCUGGUUCAUAUUCAAAUGGUACACUCUGCAAAUUACAUACAAAGUGUGAAUCUCUUGGCAAAAUUAAAGUCAAGGCAGGAACAGAGACAUUUGAUGCCGAGUGCAGUAAUGGGACACCUCGUUUACGGAUUGGGAUGUCUGUGAUUGGAAUCAUCUCUUCAGCUCCAUCACGUAAACGGAUGGACCCGAUUCGGAGCUUCAGGCCACCAGCUUCACUUAGGUCAGGGGAUCUCCUGGCUCCGCCUCCAGCCUUCGAAUCCAACACUCCACCGCGGCCUGUCGACGCGUCGCCUUCGCCGUGGCUCCUCCCUUCCUCGGCUCCACCGGAAACCCUCAGCCUCAAGACUCCACCAGGCUCCCUCGUCCCACAGGCUCCGACUUGGUCAGACGUCAUCCAGCCUACACCUGCAGUUUCACCUGGCUCCCCCUUCCCUUUGUCUCCUCCUUCGUCCUCAGUCGCACCGCCUCCGUCUCAGUCUUCAGGUUCCCGGAUUCCACCUCGGAUGCUCAUCGUCCCGGCUCAAGCUCGGUCUCCAGAUCCAGCAGUGUCGGUUGGGCUCUUUGGCUUUCCAGCUCCACCUGGAUCUCCAUCGGUGGCUUCUCCAUCGGCCGUCCCCAGGGUGGCGCCGCUCAACUCUCCACUAUGGCGUUUCCCGUCUUUGACUCCACCCUGGGGUCUCAUCAUGGUUGGUCUCUGGACCAACAUCUGGCUCCUCCUGCUUCAGGCUUCCCCUUGGCUCCUCCUGCCCUCCACUCCCCCUUGGACUAUUUUUGUUUUCUGUGAACUGUUUUUUUACUCCUCUGCCCUUCGCCCUCCUCCAGAGCCCCCACCCUUCCCUCCUCUGUUAGACUCUAUACGGCUCGAGGCUGCGCCUACCCGGAGGGGGGGUGGGGGGGGGCGAUAUGUUACAUGUACUGUUCUGUGAACUAGUUUUCCCCUGCCUGUUUUUAGUUCAUUUGAUCCUCCUGUGUCUCGUUAAUUAACUCAUCACCUUGUUUAGUUCCCUUUGGUGUGUGUGUGUGUGUGUGUGUGAUAUCAUAUGCAAACUAUUUACAUAAUUCUAUUUCAGAAUGUCACAGUACAUUUGAUUUUUCUUAAUAUGACCCCUUUAAGUCACUUGACAGAUAUUGUCUUAUAGUUAUAUAAUCCACAUUUAGACUUCAAAUUCUUGGUUAGUGGUUCCUGACCAUGUUCCAGGAAGCUCCCCAAAAGUACAUAUUUUGGUGGUGGAUAUUCAGGUCAAUUUGAUUUUGGCUUGUGAACAUCCAUAAGUUGUUCAACAGAACAUGGUGACAUUUACAGGAUGAGCAGAGCUGCAUUAAUACAUUUUCAUGCAGUCACAGAAAAUAAGCAUAAAGUACAAUAUCAGUCAAUACUGAGACUGAUCAAAACAAGAUCAUGAUUAUUUUCCUUACUACAGAUUAUUGAUUUUUGAUUAUUUUUUAUUAUUUUUUAAGUUUUUAUUAUUUUUAAGUUUACAGAAAUAUACAGACAUAUAAUUAAUACAGCUCAUACAAAAGUAGCUGCUGUUUUUUUGUUUUUGUUUUUUUUUGCAUAGGACAUAAACAGGUAUAAACAGUGAAUGUGUUGGUACAAUUACUUUCAAGGAAAGCGAGAACACAAGCACAACAUGUGAAUCAUGCCUUGAGAUGA